CCUGUUGUUUCCGGUUCUAGGAGCGGCGCCAGCGCGCCCUCCCCUGGCCGGAGGUGAAGUGACGCUGCUGCCGGGAAGAUGGCGACGGCGGCGACUGUCCCGUCGUCAGCCACUGCCACAUCGACGGCUGCCGCUGUCGGAGAGGUGGAAGAUGAAGGGCUCCUGGCGUCGCUGUUCCGGGACCGCUUCCCCGAGGCCCAGUGGCGGGAGCGGCCGGACGUGGGCCGCUACCUCCGGGAGUUGAGCGGCUCGGGGCUGGAGCGGCUGCGGCGCGAGCCCGAGCGCCUGGCGGAGGAGCGGGCGCAGCUGCUGCAGCAGACGCGCGACCUGGCCUUCGCCAACUACAAGACCUUCAUCCGCGGCGCCGAGUGCACGGAGCGCAUCCACCGCCUCUUUGGCGACGUGGAGGCGUCGCUCGGCCGCCUGCUCGACCGCCUGCCCGGCUUCCAGCAGAGCUGCAGGAACUUCCUGCAGGAGGCCGAGGAGAUCGGCUGCAGCCGGCGGAUGAACACGCUGACUCUGAACCGGCACACGGAGAUCCUGGAGAUCUUGGAGAUCCCUCAGCUCAUGGACACCUGCGUGCGCAACAGCUACUACGAGGAGGCCCUGGAGCUCGCCGCCUAUGUGCGCCGCCUGGAGAGGAAGCACUCCUCCAUCCCGGUCAUCCAGGGCAUCGUGAGCGAGGUGAGGCAGUCCAUGCAGUUGAUGCUGAGCCAGCUCAUCCAGCAGCUGAGGAGCGGCAUCCAGCUGCCCGCCUGCCUGCGCGUCAUCGGCUACCUGCGGCGCAUGGACGUCUUCACCGAGGCUGAGCUGAGGGUGAAGUUCCUCCAGGCCCGAGAGGCCUGGCUCCACUCCAUCCUCACUGCCAUCCCUGAUGACGACCCCUAUUUCCAUAUCACGAAAACCAUCGAGGCCUGCCGCGUCCAUCUGUUCGAUGUCAUCACUCAGUACCGCGCCAUCUUCUCGGACGAGGACCCGCUGCUGCCCCCCGCGGCGGGGGAGCGCACAGUGAAUGAGAGCGCCAUCUUCCACGGCUGGGUGCUGCAGAAGGUCUCGCAGUUCCUGCAGGUGCUGGAGGCGGACCUUGCGCGGGGGAUCGGCGGCCGCCUGGACUCCCUGCUGGGCCAGUGCAUGUACUUCGGGCUGUCCUUCAGCCGGGUGGGGGCUGAUUUCCGGGGCCAGUUGGCUCCUGUGUUCCAGCGGGUGGCCAUCAGCACUUUCCAGAAAGCAAUUCAGGAAGCAGUAGAGAAAUUCCAGGAUGAAAUGAAUUCCUACACCCUGGUCUUGGCUCCAGCCAUCCUGGGCAGCAGUAAGCUGCCUGCCGCCGUGCCAGCCGCUCAGCCGGGGACGCUGCAGCCACCGAUGGCGCUCCUGGACUUCCCACCGCUCGCGUGUUUCCUCAACAACGUUCUGGUCGCCUUCAAUGACCUGCGCCUCUGCUGCCCUGUGGCCCUGGCGCAGGAAGUGACCCGGGCCCUGGAGGACGCCCUUGUCCAGGUCACCAAGACGAUCCUGGCCUUCCACCGCGCCGAGGAGGCCGCCUUCAGCAGCGGCGAGCGCGAGCUCUUCGUCCAGUUCUGCACUGCCUUCCUGGAGGACCUGGUUCCCUACCUCAAUCGCUGCCUCCAGGUCCUCUUCCCGCCGGCCCAGCUAGCGCAGACUUUAGGCAUUCCACCCACUCAGCUCUCCAAGUACGGGGACCUUGGGCACGUGGACGUCAGCGCCAUCCAGGAGCCCCUCGCCUUCAUCCUGCCCAAGAGAGAGAUGGUCUUCUCCCUGGACGGAAAGGAGCCGGCGGCCGAGCCUGGCCCCUCGGCGCCCCCCGAGGGCGGCCGGGAGGAGCCGAGGCUGGACCCGAGAGGUGAGCAGGUGGUGUGGCCAGCGAGCGGGUGGACGGCCCGCAUCAUUCAGCACGAGAUGGACCACUUGCAGGGCUGCCUGUUCAUUGACAAGAUGGACAGCAGGUCGUUUACAAACGUCCACUGGAUGGAGGUAAAUGACUGAAGCUUUCCUGCCCGACUCGGGGGCCUGAACACCAACACGGACUGGGAGCUGGACACAGGGUACCUGGCUUCACCUUGGCAUUGGCUGGAAUCCCAGAAGACAGUGGACUGCCAGAGCGAGCCACCCUGAGGUGGAGGAGGUUAGAAACGUUUGCCCAGAAAUCACCUGUGGACAAAAUAAUGCCACAACUUGGGAAGCAACUGCACCCCCACCCCGGGAGUGGGCAUUUCUGAGGAUUUUGUAUGGAGAGAGGGUGACAAGUAAAUAACCCCUCAGACGUGGUUUCGUAAGGGCUGUAUAAUCCGCUCCCAAAGCCAAGAUCUGAUACUAACGUCGUCCCCAAAUUCCUGAAAGCUGUUCUGAAAACAUGGAGUUGAUCAUC